AUGCGCCGGGAGGCAUUUGUUGGAGAUAGUCCGUGGGCUUUCGGUUUGUUCUGGAGAUGUCAACAGUGUGGGGGCGGUGGUGAUGGGAGCCCACGUCUGUUAGACCCGGACAGAUGCAGGCAGAGCUCCAAAGCCUCCGUCUCAACUGUCACUGCGGGUCCCAGGCGUUUGGGGGGGGGGUUUGGCCUUCACCACGGGCCCCGGGGGAUGGCGUCCGAUGGCGGAUGCUUUAAUAGAAACGUAUUGGAAAAACCCCCGUUGGGCGACUGGAUCCAGGGUUGA